AUGAUUAGUGGCCAAUCUUCUUCAAUCUCUAUUUCUCCAGGAAAAUCUUUCAUCAGAAAAUCAGUCUCUGUAUCCUCAGAGAAGAUGGGGCGUCUCCCUCUGGGAGUUGUUUCUUCCUAUGUAAAAACAAGCUCUGGUGGAGGUAUGGACCCCAUGAAAUUCUACUGCACCAGCUAUGGCACAGCUUAUGGUCAGGCAGGGUUUCGUCCUCGAACUGGUAUCCACUCUGGAGCAGGAUACAAAAGCAAUUACCGGCCUGUUGUCCAAUAUAAGCCAAGUCUAGACAAGUUAGACAAUCCAGCUGUGGGGAAGCUCCUUCAGGACAAUUAUGAAUCAACAUCUACUAAGCACUUCCAACCUCUUGAGCUCCCAGAUGGGAAAUAUCCUCUUCCUUGGAGCCUGUACCAGCCAGGAAGUGGAUAUGUCCGGGAAAAGCCCCUUUCUUUUCCCACCACUAAAGAUGUCAAGAAAGUCCAUUUUGACACAGCAGACCAGGGAGCACAAUCUGUGACUGGGUUGGAGCCUAAACAUACCCCUGACCUCCACAAGUUACUUGGAAAAGGUUCUGUCAAUGUGGAAAAUGCCAGACACGGACCUCACUACAUGUCCACAGAGUAUGGCUCAAAGUUCCACUUCAACAUUCCAGGACAACCAGAUGUCCUGCAAAAGAAAACAAUUGGAGCCAAGGAAGAGACAGGAUUCACUGAAGGCUGCCUGGCUAACCCCAUUAUGGACAGGCCCACUUUUCAGGACAGCAUUCCUGGAGUCAGCAUUAUGAAGACAGAUUACCUGCCAUCGUCCCUUCCACACGGUGAUGAGUUUCUACCAGUCCUUUCCAAGGGUUCUGAGAGGGGGUCUGGAUUCAGUCGGCAGAAUCUUGGCCCUCCACCAGAUGCAGAGGUACCUGGGCCCUUGAGCCACUCUCAGUUCCAAGGACUUCAGCAGCAACCUCAGACACAGACCAAUCUUCUAGGUCGGGAAUAUGUGGGUAACAAGGAGCCAACAGGAUUCAGCCUCAAUAACCUCAGCUAUGUGACACCUGCAUAUGAUCCAGAUCUGCCUAACAGGUUCCUGACUAGCUAUAAUUCCAAGUUUUAUGAAAACAUUCCAAAGGGACUGGACAGGGAAGGCUGGACACGUGGAGGGAUCCAGCCUCAUCAGGCAGGUGGUUUUGCCACCAACAACCAUACCAGUGGCUUAGGCACUGACCCCAAUGCUACAGAAACCUUGAGAACUGUCCAUCCUCAUGUUGGCAGAACAAUUACAACAGUUGAUCCAUUCUAUCGUGACUCUCCCCAUGAUCGCCGGUUUGCUGCUUUCCAUCAGAGAACUGUGCCCAACUAACCCGUUCUGAACUGGACCACACUGUGAUAUCUUCACUGCUCAGGCCAAUAUCCCACAUGCUAAGGAAGGAGC